ACUCACCCAACGCCCAAAAACUUGGUUGCGAACCUCACCAAGCACACGAGCUUCCGGUACCGUGGUCGGAGUAUCGGGACCAUACGGCACUCGCUGGCUCGGCUGUCAAACUGUGUCCGUAGUGCAACUGACCCAGCGAGCAAGCAAACUCAAAGACCGUAGCGAUUCCUUCUCGAAGUCUACGAGUGUGAUACGGUACCGGUAGCUUAGCAUUUGCACGUCGCUCGCUCUCUAAUAUUCACCGGUGCAGAUACCCAUUCCCAUCCCUCCCGAGUGUCAAAAGGAUCCCCUCCGCCUCUUUCUCUCCCUCUAUCUCCCCGCUCCGCCGCCCAAUACUGGUAAUCGUGCCGUGCCAUGUCAUAUUGUACUCGAGUACAUAGGGCUGGCUCGCCUUGGUAUGGUGGGUUCACGCUUCGCUCGACUUCGCUUUCUCACCUGGACGUGACGAUUCGUGCGCUGCGUUGCGUUCUUCCCGCUUCGCUUGCCUGGCCCCGCAACUUACGAGUACCGGACAGCACGAAUAGUAUUGUUUUUUUUUUGUUCGUUUUCCUUCUUUCAUUGUUGUACUUGUAUUGUUGUUGAACUAUCGUAGUGCUGUGCGUGUAACGUGGACCUGGAUACGGUACGGAUGUUGCCGGCCAUCGUGUCAUGCAAGCGUGUCCGAGCGAGUGAGCAAAGGGCUCAUAUGGAGAAGAGGGUGGGAAGGCAUUUUUUGGUGUGCUGGUGGGGGCGGACGGUCCGGUACAGUAGGGUACCGU